UUUAAAAGAAUUUUUCCACGAAAAAUUGGCUUAAAAAUUAGCCCUGGUAAUUUUUGAUUCCCGGGUCCGUGCCUGGUCAUACAUAACCACAGAGCAGGAGAGCAUCAGAGUUUUUCGAUCAUUCCAAGUUGACGAAAUGGAUUGGGGUUUUGUACAUAAAGCUUGGGACAAGUGGGCUUCUCCCAAUAUCGGCUCUGAUAAGCCAUUAAAAGCAGCUAUAUUGAUCAACUAUGACCCAACUGGUCCAUCUCGCUUGUUGUCUACUAUCGCAGAAGAAGAAGGGAUAAAAGUGAAUCCCAUCGAAUUGAGUCAAUUCAUUGAUUUCAUCAAAUGUGACAAGCUCCAGACUGAGAGCUUCAUUAUUGGACCAAACCAAUAUGUAGUCACAUCAAUUCAUGAGAAUUGGUUCUGUGCAAGGUGCAUGAACACAUCAAAAUCUACUGGUGAAGGCGCUAUCGUUAUGCAUACAGCAGCAUUUCUCUUGGUUGCAUUGUACGAUGGUUCUAUUGGCUCAGCAUCUCGUGCUAUGGUGGCUGUUGAUCAGUUUGCGUGGCAAUUAACUCGAAAGAAUCUGUAACAUUGUCAAAAAGAUAGUGUACUAGGUUGCUUAAAAGAAGGCUUAUAAGAUGCAAUGCAUCCAAUUUGAAUGAAAAUGGUUCACCCUGGAGUUGCCCUUUUCGUCUUGUUCUAUGCUGCUAAUGCAAAGAUCCUACUGGCAAAGGUGCUGUUAUCUGAAAAUUGCAAGCCUUGGAAGAAACCAAAUUGAAUGUUAAAUUGAUUUGGUGGGAUGGGCAUAGGAUUUAUUCUUAUUUAUUCUUAUUUUAACAGAACAAAAAUUAUGAGGAUCCUUUGAGAUCCCAAUAUUUCAACUAUCAUAUAAGAUCCUUU